AAUAUACCGUAAAAUGAAUUGAAAUCCCGCAUGAUCCUCUAUUCAAAACUCGCGCCCUCCAGGCCAUCAAGCAAGAAGCGACAGUGUGACAGUGAUGAGUGGUGUAGUGUGGAUGUGUGCGUCCGUCAAUCUUUCGUACCUACGGCUUUCCGUGAGGCGGCUGGAGCAGGAAAUCGCCGAGCCGUGCUGCAGAGGAAAGGAUGGCAGGUGGUGCCGCGGUGAACACUGCCAACACGUGCAGGAGGAAAGAAAGGAUGGCAGGUGGUGCCGCGAUGAACACUCCCAACACAUGCAGGAGGAAAGAAAGGAUGGCAGGUGGUGCCGCGGUGAACACUGCCAACACGUGCAGGAGGAAAGAAAGGAUGGCAGGUGGUGCCGCGGUGAACACUGCCAACACGUGCAGGAGGAAAGGAAGGAUGGCAGGUGGUGCCGCGGUGAACACUUCCAACACGUGCUGGAGGAAAGAAAGGAUGGCAGGUGGUGCCGCGGUGAACACUGCCAACACGUGCAGGAGGAAAGGAAGGAUGGCAGGUGGUGCCGCGGUGAGCACUGCCAACACGUGCUGGAGGAAAUUAAACCUUUUUCCAGAGCGUUGUUUUUGUCUCCCAUUUUUCUGCCUUCCCAGGGUAUAUAUAUGAAAGAAGAAUGUAAAUUUAGUCUAUAAUGUUCAUUGUAACAUGUAGUCCAGUCUUUGUGUGCUUAUUUUACUGUAUGCAUAGAGAAAAGAAGGAUUCGAAAUGUGGUAAUGAAAAGUAGAAUAUGAAAUAAAUAGAUAAUAAAUAAGUGAAUAAAUAAAUA